GUCAUUUUAAUUCGGAAUGUGGUUAGAUAUCAUUCUUUUGGGUGUAGUGGUCUACGUAUCGUCUAGUUCUCGUAUACCGGACGAUCCAGAGAAAUGUCUUUAUUGGAAGCGAGACACAAUAAUUUCAAAUAGAACUGAUAUCGCUAUGGCAAACUCUGAGAAGAGAGCUGUUAACGCUUCAUCGUGCGCUUCUUUUUGUUUGAAUGUAUAUCCAGACUGUCGAGCUAGUAGUUAUACGGCCGAGACAAGUACGUGUAAAAUGUUUACGUAUGCUAAAGUGGAAAAGGAUUUAGUCGUUGAAAUUGGAACGGAGUAUUUAGUUGUGGGAAAAGGAGCCUUAGAGCCGGAUGGAGUCAAACCCAACUUGGCAAAUUCGUCUAUUGAUGGAAAUUAUACAUGCAGAAGCGGCUGGAAACAAUUCGGAUCGUAUUGUUAUCAAUACGUAAGACAACCCGCAAUAUUCACUGUCGCUGACUUCAAAUGCCAACAUUUCGGAGGCGAUUUAGUCAGCAUACACUCAAGGAAGGAGAACGAAUUCGUUGUAAAUUUAAUAACUGCUGGACCAAAAAUCUAUACAGGACUCCUCAAGGAAUCGGGAGUAUCAGCUGUUCAAAACUUUUUAUGGACGGAUGGAUCUAAGGUUACUUACUAUAAUUGGGAACAUGGAGAGCCCAAUAAUGUACCGGCACCUGCCAAUUGUGUCCACAUUCAAAGAGGUAUAAAAGAACACAAAUGGCAAGAUUCCAGCUGCUAUGAAGAAGUCCCUUAUGUAUGCAAGAAGAAGGGAGAGUUGAAGGUCACUUCUUAA